GAUGCUUUCUCCUUAGUAAAUGUAGUUUCUUUGGAGGAAUAGGGGUGACCUCUAUCAGCCAUUUGCCUGUUUGAACCAUAAUCACUUCAAAUCACUGCAUUUUGAGAAUGAGGUUUUUGUUUGUAGAAAUGUAUAUUUUCAUUUUGAUAAUAAAAGUACAACCACAUAUUGAUGUUUAUUUUAUUUUUUUUAUCCUUAUUUAUCUUGUAUUGCAUUUAUCUUCUAGCUAUGUGCUGAUGUGUAUCAAUGUGAAUUUCCCCCGCGGAGGAUCAAUAAAGGUACAUUUCAUCGCACCAUUAAAAAGAAUGAAUGAAUUCGCUGCUUUGUGAUAAUCAAAGCUAAAGUAAAGCCCUCACUUUAAGAUGGGUGACUAAUAAUUGAGCGGGUAACUGAAUAUUCAAAAACACUACGUAAUCCCAGGGUACAUUGCUCCACUGUCUGCAUUACCUAAUCCCAUAAGCCAUCGCGAAAGGAGGCGUGGAUAUGGCCAGUUGUCAGAGCAACCUGCAUGUCAUUAGACAUUCCCCGCCCACCAAACCCCCUUAAACCAAUCAGUGCUCGUAGAAAUGACAUCAUUGUUAUUUUCAGUGGCGCUGCAGCUUCGAGGUGGAUAAAGUUCGUCUCCACGUUGGAAGUGAUAGAAAGUAUUAUCCUUUAUUCCGGCACCGUUUGUUGUUUUAAGGAACGAGGAUCAAUCAAAUGAGGAUAUUUGAGGUGUGAAAACGCAGAAGCUCCUCGGACGAACGACGACGUUUGUUGGCGAACGCGCGCGUCAUAGGAGAAAAGUUUUCUCAGGACACUGAAGUUGUCAAGUGAGUUGAACUUCAACAAUAGGCGGACUCUAUUACAAGACAGUACAGAGAUCUGGAGUCACAGAACACAUGUGAACUGUCCAGUUAAUUCUUUAUUUUUCUGAAAAAGGGAAAGAACGUUUUUCUUCAAGGUGAUUAAAAAAAACUUUAUGUCCAGAAAAAUGGAAGCGACUUUCUACGACGAAGCCGUGAAGGCUUCGAACGCGCAGCAUGACGGAGCGACGGUGUUUGGAUUCAACCCCAAAACCCUGAAACAGACCAUGACUCUGAACCUCAACGACCCGAAAAACUUCAAACCGCAGCUGGGCGCCAAGGCUAUGGACAUCCUGACGUCCCCUGAUGUGGGUUUGCUGAAGCUGGCCUCGCCUGAGCUGGAGAGACUGAUCAUCCAGUCCUGCACGGGACUCACGACUCCCACUCCCACCCAGUUCGUCUGUCCUAAGAAUAUCACAGACGAGCAGGAGGGCUUCGCUGAGGGCUUUGUCAGGGCUUUGGCUGAGCUCCACUACCAGCAGCAGACCCCGGUGGUUCACACUGAAUCACAGAGCAGCAACGCCGCCACCGGCGCAGCAUCCGGCACUGCUGCGUCCGAGGGCGGCGGCGGGAUUCCCUACAGCUGCGCGCCGCGCAGCGAGCCGCCUGAAUACACCAACCUGGGCUCUUUUAACCGAGCUGGAGGCUCCGCGUGUGCACCUGCCGGCGAGAGGCACCCACCCACGGGCUACCCAGCUGCUCCACCACCGCCCCACAACCACAUGGACCACCAGCUGACGGGAGCGCAGCAGCACUCGCGGCUACACUCUCUCAAAGAGGAGCCGCAGACGGUGCCCGAGAUGUCCGGCGACACUCCGCCACUCUCCCCCAUCGACAUGGAGAGCCAGGAGCGCAUCAAAGCGGAGAGGAAGCGCAUGCGGAACAGGGUGGCCGCGUCCAAGUGCCGGAAAAGGAAGCUGGAGAGGAUCUCCCGGCUGGAGGACAGGGUCAAAAAUCUGAAGAACCAAAACACAGAGUUGGUUUCCUCCGCCAAUGUCCUCCGUGACGAACUGGCUCUUCUCAAACAAAAGGUCAUGGACCACGUCAACAGCGGCUGCCAGCUCAUUUUGACGCAGCAGCUCCAAGCUUAUUAGAAAGGGAAAAUAAUAACCAAGGGACAUUUCUUGGGGACCAAAUGCAGCUUAAAUUGGCCUUAAAAAUGACUCUCAUGUAAUGUUUCCACCAAAUUAUCUGCUCAGGCUGCGUGGUGACGAGAUACACGCAAUGUAGGUCAAUGUAUUGAAAUAAAAGGAAUGGAGGCCAUGAAACUUAUUGCACGGACGCUCAGAGGAAACAUUUGCUCAUAUUACACCUUUUUUUUCAUAUGACUUUUGCCUGUUUUCUUUUUUCCACCCCAAACGACAAAAUGUAUGUUGUCUUCAGCCAAGGAAACAUGGCAGGUGUCCGUUUAAUCUGCCACGGUCUUACUGUCAGAUUUUGGCCUCAAACAGUCUUCCAUCCUGACUGGACUCUCUGAGCUUGUGUGGGAACAACUGGAGAAAACAGUGAACCAGGCCAUGUGCUGGAAAUCUGCCACUAUAUCACAUUUAUGAUAAAUAUGUUGUCAAUGUAUGCACAUAGAUGUGAGACAAGCACCGAGUAUCCCACCAGCGAUUUAACACUUUGAAACCGUUUCACACCUUUUUACGCAAGGACUAUAUAGGUGUGUGUAGCGUUUACUGAUAAAAAAAAGAGAAACUGCCUUACUUUCUUAACCCUUGUGUUCAUACAGCUUUGUCAUAUAGGUGUAACUAAUGUUAAACCUGAAAUAACACUUUGUAAUAAUAUUUGUACGCUGUAUUUUUGAGCACUUAGACUGUAAAUAUGUCAAAAUAAACAUGUUGGACACGC